AUCACAAUAUCCCUUUUCUGAGGAUUCAUGCCCUCUGUUGGUGGGGUAGGAGGAGGGGUAGCCCUAGGAGAAGUCAUCACCACUUUGUCCACCAUGGGUGAAGUAUGAAUCAGUAGCUAUGCCAGGCCUCAGCUGGGCCACAUCUGGAGAACUGGGGUGAGGGCACAACAUCACAAAAUAUCUGGCCCCAGCCUGGUCACUCAUCCCUUUUUGGGCAACAAGGAAACUAUCCUGUGGCCUGAGAGCACAAUACCUGAGACAAAGGCCAGCAGAAACAUUUGUCUGCCCUCACCCUUUCUGCCCCAGCUUCCACCUGCUCCCCAUCUGCCCACCCACUAAAGUCCAUGUCGCAUGCCAUCUCUCGAACAUCCAGGAUGUCCCAGAGUGGAUGUCCUUCAGGUCUGCUGGCAGACAAAAAUAUCUCUUCAAGUGCCACUCGAGUGAUAGUGAAGACUGCAGGCAACCAGAAAGACUUUAUGGUAGCUGAUGACAUCUCGGUGAGGCAGUUGAAGGAGAUGCUAUCGGCUCACUUCCAAUGCCAAAUGGACCAACUGGUGCUGGUCCUCAUGGGUUGCCUUCUCAAAGACCAUGACACACUGAGCCAGAGGGGCAUCAUGGAUGGCCACACCAUCUACCUGGUCAUCAAGUCCAAGCACGGCUCCAGAUCUCUAGCCCAUUCCUUCCAGGACCUGCCAACGAAUGAUCCUUGCCACCGGGACAGAAACACCAAAGGAAACAGCAGCAGGGUGCACCAACCAACUGGUAUGAAUCAAGCUCCAGUGGAACUGGCCCACUUUGUGGGGUGUGAUGCGCCCAAAGUGCAUACCCAAAACUUGGAAGUGAGCCACUCAGAGCUCAAAGCACAGAUGCUGGAGAAUCCUAGUAUCCAGCGGCUUCUGUCCAACAUGGAGUUCAUGCGGCAGUUCAUUUCAGAACAUCUAGACAUGCAACAAUUGAUGCGGCAGAACCCAGAAGUUUCCCACCUUCUUCUUGAUAAUUCUGAGAUCCUAUUGCAGACUCUGGAGCUGGCCAGGAACCUUGCUAUGAUCCAAGAGAUAAUGCAGAUCCAACAACCUUCACAAAACCUUGAGUAUCCACUGAACCCACAGCCAUAUCUGGGCUUAGAGACAAUGCCAGGUGGGAAUAAUGCCCUGGGUCAGAACUAUGCUGUUAUCAAUGAUCAAAUGCUGAACAGCAUGCAAGAUCCUUUUGGAGGAAACCCUUUCACAGCUCUCCUGGCAGGACAAGUGCUAGAACAAGUCCAGUCUUCACCCCCACCUCCACCACCAUCACAGGAACAACGAGACCAGCUCACACAGCAUCCUGCAACCCAAGUCAUCUAUAAUAGCUCUGGUGGUUUAUCUUCAAACACCUCAGCCAAUGACACCCCUAACAAGGUCAACCACAUUUCCAAAGCCAACACUGCUAUGAUCUCCACCAAGGGCCAGAGCCAUAUCUGUGCCACUCGGCAGCCAGCUGGGAUACCAGCCUUACCUAGCAUAGAGCUUAUCCAGCAGCUUCAGGAAGAAUACAAGGAUGCCACUGUUUCUCUAAGUAGCUCCAGACAGACAUUAGAGGGUGAUCUCCAGCUGUCAGAUGAGCAGACCAGCUCCCAGAUCACAGGAGGCAUGAUGCAGUUGCUUGUGAACAACCCCUACUUGGUAGCUCAGAUUAUGUUGUUCAUGAGUACGCCCUAGCUGAGUGAACAGUGGAGGCAGCAGCUGCCCACAUUCCUGCAGCAGACACAGAUUUCUGAUCUGCUUAGUGCUUUAGCCAAACCUAAAGCAUUCCAAGCAAUAUUGCAGAUUGAGCAGGCCCUCCAGCUGCUGGCCACAGAGGCUCCUGUUCUUCUGCCUUGGGUUGCACCCUACCUAUGGGGCCUGGGUUGGCUUCCUGCCCCCAGCUGCAGCUAUUCUGACACAGUGCCCUGUUCCUGGAAUGUUUCAGAUAUAGCUGAGCCCAAGGGACCUGAGUGCUGCCACCAGCCUGGAACAGUCCUGCAGAGGCUACAAUCCCCGGAUGGGGACCCUUCCCACCCUCUGCAAGCUCGUGAGACUCGUUUUAGCAAACAGAUGGAUUCUCUCCAGGCCAUGAGAUUUGGGAACUACCAUGCCAAUCUACAGGCACUCAUUGCUACUGAAGGGGACACCAACGCUGCUAUCCGCAAGCUCAAGAGAUCCCAGAGAUUCUAACCACCAUGGCUACUUGUUUGCUUGCUACCUGCCUGCUGACCCACCUGACCAUCUCAUUUGCCUUUUUCACCUUUCCUGAUGCUUGCAGCCAGGAGAAGUCCUGGAAUAGGAGUUAUCAACCAAUGUGUCUUCUACUGAAUAAUAGAUCAUUGGCCAUGGCUGAAACAUCUGUCAAUAAAAUGGCUACACUCA